AUGUGUCCAAAAUCUGGGCGUGACAGAGCACCAAUUCGAGAACAGUUGGCAAAUACAGUUAUCCUCGAGUACCCAGUAAUCCAUGUCUACCUACCUUACCACGCUCAAGAUUUUGACGUAAUAAAACACGUCACGCCAAGUAAACCGGACACAAUCGAGGAGCUGCCUGUCACUUGUCAAGAUAGCCCGACCAAUAAAGGCGUGACAUUUAAAGAGGAAGAAAUCGAGGAUGCUGAUUUGUCGGAACCUCUAAUCUCAGACCUCACGAACAAAGACUGCGCAAUAAGGGGGACUGAGAAAGCACAGGAAGAGUUGGAGUGGGGCCCACAGUUCCAGACAAUCGAGGAUGGAAUAAAUAUCGAGGGGAAAUCGUGCAUUGAGCAACUGAAUGAGAUUGGCGACUUUGAUUUCGACUUGGACUUCAACCUGGAUAUGACUGACAUGUGUCCAGGGUUGGAUUUUGGGUGCAAUGACGAAUUAUUUAUGAACAAAGAAGAAGAACUGGAGGAAGGGGAAAUCCCAUGA